AGGGCGGGCGGGCAAAGGGGGGGAGAGGGCGCCGCUUGCAGGAGAAGGUGGUGCAGCGCUGCAAGCCGGGGCGCCCGGGGGAAGCCUGCACGGAGGCAUGCAAAACGGAGAAGCAGCUUGGAAGGAAGCAGGAUCCCGGCCCGCUCGCUCUUCAGUCGCCUUGCAAAGAUGCUGCUGGAAGAAGAUGCUUUGCACGGCGGGGAAGGGGGGGGGAUUGCACGGGGGCGUUGCUCCUUGCAGGAAGGCCGCAAGCAGCGGGGGGUCAAAUGCAACGCGGCGCCUCUUCCCAGCACCCGGGCCGGCUUCCUUCCGAGCGAUGACAGCAGCCAGCCCGCCCGCCCGCCGCUGCGGCAGCCGCCCGCUUCCUCCGUCUGGGCUGCGCCGGCUGCAAGGCUGGCCGAGCUCGCGCCGCGUCCCGGACCGAGGAAUCGGGCACCGCGCAUGCGCCGCCCUGCUCCAGCCCGGCGGGGGGAGGAGGGGAGGAAGAGGAAAAGCGAGAGGCGGCUCCUCGCGGAGCGCCCCUCGCACGGCGCAUGCGGCCGUCCCCUCGGGCCUCGCCUGCCCGGGAACGCCCCUUCUACCCUCUUCCCCUCGUGCGCAGGCGCGACGUCCCGGCGUCCCCCGGCCGGCGGGGAUUGGCUGACGGGCGGCGAGCGCGGCGAUUGGCCGGUUCGAAGGCCGCGGCGGGGAUGGAGCAAGGCGCGAUGGCGGCGAGGGAGCGCUUGGAGGAUGCGGUGGAUCGAUGGGGGCUCCGGGACGUCGAGCGAGCCUGGGUUGACACUGUAUGGGAACUGGACUUCACCGAGACUGAACCUUUGGAUCCCAGGACCGAGGGCUUGAUAACCGAUGAUGGCGUGGAGGCUUUUGUCCAGCUUUACAAGGCGCUCUCUCCAUUUAGUGUAGAUGACCAUGAGACCAUGGAAAGCAUCUGGCCCCUUCUGGUGGAAAACAACCUCUCCCCUAACACUAUGGUCGCUGUGUUGCAUCACUUUGUCCAAGAGGCCCAGAACAGAAAGGCCAACACACAACAACGCCUGUUUGCCCUCCACGCAGCUGGAUUGUAUUUUUUAUUAGUUGAAAUUCCUGGCAGCAUAGCCAACCGGGUGUUGCAUCCAGUGAUGUUUGAGAAAUGUCUUCAAACCCUGUCGAAAUGUUGGCCUGAGGAGUUGGAGUUGCCCAGAAAAAGGAAAAAGAAACAGUGCAAAAGCUUGAUGGGCGAUAGAAAAAAAGGGAAGCCAGCAAGAAAUGAAAACGCUCCGAUGGACGACAUCUUUGAAGAGGAAGACGUCCAGGAAGAGGUUUACUUCUCAGCCCAUGAGCUGCUGGCAAUCCGCGAGGCCCUCUUCCUUCUGCUGAAAAACCUCCUGAGGCUUUUUUCCAAGAUUUCCCUGAAAGAGAGGCCACAGUGCGUGCAGACCUGCAUUCAGAUCUUUGUUAAUUUGACAAGUCUGGAGCCCUGUACUCAAGACUUCAAGCCUUUAGACAUGACGACUAUUUCCAGAGCCAAGUAUGUCUCAGAGCUUGCCUACUUUGGCCUACGACUCUUGUGUUCCCCCCUUCAUAGUCUAGGAGACAAGAAUUUGCGCCAAGUGUUCUAUCAACUUCUCAGAGUCAUCCUGAUGCUGCCUGGGAAAGAAAGUGGGCGUGUCUAUCUCCCCAUCCCUUCUCAGAUCAUCGAUGCCAGGAAACUGGCCCUCAAGUUCAUCAGCUCUCUCACUGAAGAACUGAAAGAAAUUGCUUUCCCUGUACUGAGGAUCUUGCUGCAGCAUAUUUGUGUCAAGGUUCCUGAUAAAUCCGAAUACCGGACUUACGCAGCAUUGUCAUUGUCACAGUUGCUUUACAAACUCCCUUGUGCUGAGCAUGCCAACUUCAUUGCUUGGCUGUACGGAUACUCGCGCAAUAACAAGAUUUCCUACAGAAUAUUUGCCCUCGACGUGGCCUUGGCUUUGUUAGAACAUCCAGAACGAGUUCUGGAGGUGGUUUUGACUGAAGAGCAGCAGGUGUUUCUGAAGCACAAGUUCCUGAUCCAGGUGAUGAUCUUUGGCCGGUGUUCGGACAAAGUGCCCACCGUUCGCAGCAAAGCCCUGUCAAGCUUCGCUCAGUGUCUGGAAAACAAAGUUGUAUCAAAUGUGCAGGACCUUCAAGAGCUGUUGCACGGCACAGCUUGUUCUUCAGUCAUGGAUACCAACAUUCCUGCUGAAACAUUCCUAACCAACCUGGAAGGUCGUACCAGCCACCAGCUGAAGACUUUCCCAACUUUCAAAACCAUUGAAAUGACCCAUGAACGGGACCCCACCGAGUUUGAUGGAAAAGAAAUCAUGGCCAUCCUGAGGCAGAGAGCGAUAGAUGAAAAAACCAACGUGAGGAAAUCAGCCCUCCAGGUGUUGACCAGCAUUUUGAAACAUACUGUGGUCCCAUGUACCUCGGAAGACCUGUCCACUGUCCAGGACCGUUGUCGUGAUCCAGCUAUCUCCGUGAGGAAGUUAGCGUUGCAAUGUAUUACAGAGCUUUUACUGUCCCAGCCGAAGAAUCCUCUGAUGCAGAAGGCCUGGCUCACGGGAGUCGUCCCCGUCGUUAUGGACUGUGAGACCUCCGUCCAGGAGAAGGUCUUGGAGUGCGUGGAUCAACUCUUGCUGCAGCAAAUUAAGCCCUGCCAGAAGUUCACUCAUCACGACAAGAACCAAGCGCUGGCCUGGGAUCUGCUUACCUUGCUCACAAAAGAGAGUCAAGAGCUGAGCCGCUAUUUAAGCAAAGCUUUCCACAUUUUGGCUCAGAAGAACAAAUUCUCCUCUUCGUUCAUUAACGGCGUCAUCUCCCAUACCGAAACGGAGCGUGCUGCGGCUGCUUGGAUGUUGUUGGCAAAGGUGGCCGGUUCCUCCCCCAAGUUGGACUUCUCCAAAAUCAUUGAUGCCUGGGACAGCAUCAGCAGACAGCCCGAAGCCAAUCUGGAGACCAUGGUGCACAUCCUCAGCGUGAUUGGAAGUGUUGCCAGACACCUGCCCAGCAGCACCCAGAACAGGCUAAUGAAUGAUCUCAAAUGUUGGCUGCAGGAUUUCCAAUGUCCUUUGGAGGUGAUCAGCUCAGCUAUCGAAACUCUGCAAAAGCUCAGCCAGGCCAUCACAGAUGCCCCGAAGGAGAUGCAGGAGCUGCUGAACAACCUAUGCGGAGAUCUUUUGGUGACCUGCGAGCAGUAUAUCUCCAAAACAGUCCUCCAAGAGCUUGGCACGGAGCAGCUGCAAGAGGAUGUCUUGGUGAGGCACCUCUUCACCUUGGGUGAGAUUGCACAGCUGUGUCCAGCCAAAGUGGACCAACGCAUCUUCUUGCUGAUCCAAUCCAUCUUGGCCAGUCCUGACAACAUGGAAGAGUUGUCCAGCCCUGCGGAGAAUGAGGAUCUCCCAGCUUCUCAACCGUUGUCCCAAUUCCGAGGGUCCAUGAUGCCUUCCACUGUCAGAGCCCAUGCUUUCAUUACUCUGGGGAAGCUUUGCCUGCAGCACGAGGACCUGGCAAAGAAGUGCAUUGCGGCCUUGGCUCGUGAGCUCGAGGUGUCCAAGGACGUGGCCAUCCGCAACAAUGUGGUGAUUGUGAUGUGCGAUCUGUGCGUCCGCUACACCACCAUGGUGGACAGAUAUAUUCCUGACAUCGCCAUAUGCCUGAAGGAUCCGGAGCCGUUCAUACGGAAGCAGACGCUCAUCCUUCUUACGAAUCUCUUGCAGGAAGAAUUUGUGAAGUGGAAAGGGUGUCUCUUCUUCAGAUUUGUCAGCGUUUUGGUGGAUCCCAAUCCAGAAAUUGCCAGCUUUGUCAAGUUCUGCUUGGUGCAUCUCCUGCUCAAGAGGAAUCCGGCCAUGUUUUCUCAGCACUUCAUCGAGUGCAUCUUCCAUUUCAACGGCUACGAGAGGCAUGAGAAGUACAACAAAUUCCCCCAGAGCGAAAGGGAGAAGACCCUCUUUUCCUUGAAGGGCAGAGCCAACAAAGAGCCCCGGGUGCAGAUCUACAAGUUCCUACUGGAGCACUUCACUGACGAGCAGCGAUUCAACAUCACCUCCAAAAUCAGCCAGAAUGUCUUGGCCUGCUUCGUGGAUGGGGUCCUCCCUCUCAAUAUGGAAGCCAGCCAGCUGCUUUCGGAUACCUUUGAGAUCUUGAGCUGCAAGGAGAUCAAACUCUCGGCCAUGAGAUCCAGACCAGAAGAAGACAUCCAACCGGAAGAAGAUGAAUUGGCCAUGGCCAAUGCCGUCAUGCAGGUGGCCCAGAAGAAGCUGAUUUCACAAGUUCAAAAGAAGAAUUUCAUUGAAAACGUCAUUCCCACCAUUACUUCGCUGAAGACCUUGUUGGAGCAAAAUAAACUUCCGGCAUUGAGGGACCUCAUGAAUUACCUCCGGGAGGUGAUGCAAGACUAUCGCAACGAGAUCAAAGAGUUCUUUGCCAUGGACAAGCAGCUGGCGGCUGAGCUGGAGUACGAUAUGAAGAAGUACGAGGAGCAGCUGGAGACGGAGGCUGAGCAAGGCCAGGAGCUGAGCGUGGAUGACGAAGGCCGCAACACGUUGACGGCCAGGCCGCCCUCUACCUUGGAGAGGACUGCUCAUCCUCAAAAUCAGAUGGACGAGGCCUCCCCACUUACCCAAAGCAGUUCUCCACCUCUGCGAUCUCCUCUCUCGGCCCAUGCUAUGUUUACAAUGCCCGAGCCUGAAGCCACGAAGCCCAGACCCAGGAAUUUGUCCCUGAGUACUUUAGCCAUCCUCAACUCUGCAAAGAAAGCCGCCGAGGCCAUUAAGACGAAGCGCAGCAGGAGCAUGGCGACCGGGCUUGAGUCUCUGGGGAGCGAACAAAGUGAUAAAGCUUCCUUUUGCAGCCUAAACCGACCAUCUUCCAUAACUAACAGAUCCUUGGAACAGAUCCGUGCCAUCAGUACUCCUGAACAAUCAAUUAACAACGUGACCUUUGGAGCGGGAGUCAGCCAAAUUACCCUGAACCUCACAUCAUCUUGUAAAGUCAAAGAGGAACCCGAAGCUUCACAGGGGCAGAUCAUUUGCUUGACAUCCCCAGAUAAACUAUUACCCCAGCCUCCACAAUGGAGGGUGAAUUCUCCAAGAAGAAGCAGUCCAUCAAGUAUAGGGCUGAGGAGAUCCAGCCGUAGAACUUCCCGACAAUCAACAAAAUGACUUGUUGCGUCUUGCCUACAAGCAGAAUCAUGUUUUUAGAUCGCCCUCCACAUCAUCUGCACCUUUUUGGGAGAUCAUUGAUUGAUGAUGCCUCCUAACUCUUCUUUUUAUUCUCCCUGUGUCACGGACAUAUGGAACUAUAUCUUUCUUCUGUCUGACCUUAGAUUCACCAUCCUUCAACAGAUGCAAAAUGAGGAUGUAAAUGAAACUUAGUGCUAGGUGUUGGCUAUUGGAAAGACUUAGAACAGGGGUCUUCGGACUUGGCCCCUUUAUGACUUGUGGACUUCAAUUCCCAGAAUUCCUCAGCCAGCGUGGCACGCUUGCUUGCUUGCUUUUAUAAUCGGUGUGCUCUAAAUAAUCUGUUAAGCACUGUAGCUGGAAAUAACUAAUUGCUGCGUGACAAAGCCGUGUAGUUUGUUUGAUCCAUGGAUAUCAUCUGGAGUAAUUGUGUUGAUUGGGGUCAGUGAAGCUAUAGGUCUGGGACUUGCUCUGGCUAUUGACAGGUGAUGUUCUAACUCAGGGGUCUUCAGACUUGGCCCUUUUAUGACUUGUGGACUUCAACUCUCAAAAUUCCUCAGCCAGCGUGCCACGCUGGCUGAGGAAUUCUGGGAAUUGAA